GGAUUGUACACAUCACUAUUACGUCUGCAACUGUCACAAAUGUCAAAGUGUGCUUUCAUCCGUUGUGUUUUGUUUACAGCGUCUUUUUAAAAUUUUACAACUCAAAAACGAUUUGAUCGCUAUUUUACUAAUUUCCUUCCACAAAUUUUCCAACAAGUUACCUAAUGUGAAACAUGGAAUGCGGUGAAAACGAAAAUGAUGGAGAAAAAUCUGUUGAUGAAACAAAUGCUGUAGUGAACUCUGUGAUACUUGAUUAUUACAAAAAGUUUGGCCGUAAAAGAGAUUUGGAGCAGUACUUUUCGUUGUCUUCGGCUGAGACAGAGGUUAGGGACGUGAGCAGCCUGUUUUGGAGAAGAAUGAAGUCGCAUACAGACUCAUCGGAUUCGGGGGAGAGAAAGAGUGAAUCUUCGACUGAGCUUUGCAGAAUCUCUAUCAAAUGCUCUAUGCCAGAGCCAUGCAGUUCUCAGGAAGACAACACAAAAACCAAGAGUGACUCGGAAUCACCACCGAUUAUUGUAGAAGAAGUUGCAUCAAGAAAUACUGACGAAGACUCGGUCAAUGAAUUUAAUGACGAUAACCAAUCUCAGAAGUCCAUAGACGUGACAUUGGACACCUCGAUGAACAAACCACACUCACCGACCAGUAGCAUUACGUCACAAAGAAAACUCGAAUGGGACUCGUUAGCUGACGUCGGCUACGGCAAUGAAAGUGGCACUAAAACAUCUGCAUCUAGCCUCAGCACGUUAGAAAGACUUGCUCUAAAACAACAAUAUUCUAACAAUGACACCAAAAAUAAUGACGAUCUAGGUGCUCCUACUGCACAUUCGACUCCUGUUGACAUAAAUGAAAACAAAUCUAAAAGUAAAAAAGGCGGUAUGAGAAAAACAACUAAAAUCUAUAAAAAAGAUGUUGAUGUCGUUGAAGUUAGCGUUCCUCAAGGCUCUGAAAUAAGUCCAUCUCAACCCAUUAAUGUUAACUUGACUAAACACAUAUCCUUCAACAUGGAAAGAGAUGGUGGCAUCAGCUUGGACAAUAUAAAAAAAGAUCUUAAUGUAACUCCUGAAACUGCACCAAGAACUGGAGAGAACUCUGAAAUCAAAAUGGAUAAAGAAAUCCAAACUACACUGACUAAAACUAGACAACAAUCUAGCCCUAGAGCUGACCAGGCCCCACAAGUUUGCUACCAAAAAGUUCCAGUCUUAAUAAGUCUCAAUACCCUAAAAAAGAAAUUUCGCAAAAAGAAGCUCAAAGUUGCUAGAAGAAAAUUAAGAAGCAAAAAGAAACCAACUGCUGACAAAGAAAAUAUUCCUCAAGAAAAAAGCAUGGAGCAAGUUUCGGCUGCAGAAAGCUUCGAAUAUAUGCCUGGGCAUGUUUAUAACCAAAACCAAAUGAAUCAGGAACAACCCAGAUCUAACAACAAUGCUACGGGAAAUAAGUCAAGUUUGGAAUCCAGUGGCGCGGUCACAACUACUGAAUCUAGCAAAGAUUCAAAACAUUCAUUUACUAAAGACUUAGAGAAGAGCAUAGACCUCCUAAAAGUCGCGUUACGCAAAUCAAAUGACGACGCUGAAUUAAAAAACAAACUCGUUAAAGAAGUAGUCCAAAGACUUCUCAAGUCAAGGUACAGAGAUGACGAAAGUACAACAGAUUUUUUGUCUGGCUUGAGUUUCAGCAGCAAAAAAUUAGGUCUAGGUGAGAGUCACACUACAACCAGCACUUCAGAUAGCAAUAAUAUUGACAUAAAUCCCAAAUCGCGACCAAGGAAAUCGAUAUUGCGCCUAGAUAAAUUUAACGCAAAUGUUUUAGCUUCAACAUCGCAAAGUGCCCCUAAUUUGCCUUCUGUUUCAAAUAGUGAGAAGCCUAUAGUCCCAAAUCCUCUAAAACCAACAACACCUACUGAAUCUGACGUGUCUAGCGGCAAACGUUCGUCGGACACGGCAUUCGCCAAAACGUCAUCAGAGGAAUUGUACCAGAAAUAUCUAGAAGCCCUAAGAAGAGAACAAGCAUAUAAAAAACAUCUGAAAGAUAAAGAAAACUUUCUAAAACAGAAAUUAGUGUGUUCAGACACAGCAUUCAAAGUACCACAUACCGAUGUUCACGUUAACAAUAAACUAAAAGAUCUAAUAAAAGAUUUAACUCGAAAUAAUUACGACGAUGGGUCUGGUGAUGCUAGCAAAUUGGAGGGGGGCUCUAAUUCUAAUUACGAUGUUCAAAACCACAGUUCCAUAAGAAAACAUCGAAGUCAUUCGGUUUUUACGUUAUCUUCGGGCAAUUCUGACGAUAAUAGAAAGGCUAAUUUGAAGAAACAGCUUCAAAAUGAAAUGAAAGAAGCAAAAGCUGGUCACAGCAGAGAUGACCAUCACCAUCAAUGUUGUUGUACUCGUCAAUUUGCGUUUCCUAAAGCUGCAGUUGAUAGUUCUGUACAAGUUAAUAUCAAAAAUAACAGCAAUGAAGGUUCAGCUGAAAAGCAAAGACAACCAGUACAAAAAGUGGCCGAUUGCGAGUGCUGUGGAAGCAACAGGAUUUCACCCAGAAACGUUGCGCAUGUUGUAUCAGAUGAUGCUGGAGAUAUAAAAUUUGUGUGUUUGUGCAACAAAAAGGCACCCCAACAAGAAAUGCCUGACAACAUGCUGAUUUACAAAUGUUCGCGUUUGACUACUAGAGGGGUUCAAUUAGAAAAUGCCACAUCAAAAACGUCCAACACAGUUGGUGUGCAAUGUAUGGGCGACUCGCUCUCUAAGCCUAAUAAGCCUGACGACGCUUCCCAACCAUCAACUUCGAAAGAACGAGAUAACGCAUAUGAGCAACAGUAUAAAAAAUUCAGUCGCAGUAGUAGCUCAGAAAAUAUUCCCGAAAUCGAUAAAAUGUCCAAGACAUCACAAACUAAUUUGGCAAUAAAAAUGCUACAGCGGAAAUCUAGUGUGCGUAGUUUUACGUCAUCCUCGUCCGCUGGACCAAAAUCAUAUAACUCAACUGAUAUGAAUAAAAUCUUAGUCCAUGAAGCCACAAGGUCGAUUCAAACAGAAAUCAGCAUCAAUCCAAGAAUUGCAGAUCCUUCUCUUACUGACAUUAAUAUUGUUAAUGACACCGAUUGCGUCAAAUUAAUAAAUGAACGGUUCAGAGAAACUUCCAAAAAGAAUUCUGAGACAGACAUAAUGCAUCCCAGAAAUGACAAUGAUAAAGUAGAUACUAUUAGUAACGAAUCUCCAAGAAUACAGCAUAAAUGUGUUUGUGCUGAAGAAGCUAAAAGUAACCAUGAUAGUCCACGAUCUUGUUGCUCAAAUAAAGUAGAUAAGGAAAUUCAAUCUGACAUAGAACCAAAUAAUAUCGUAGUACAGCCAAAUGUAAUGCCUCAUUCAGAAGCGACUGACAACUUUACUAUUCCUAUACAAGGAACGAAUAUGACGUUGAUGGUAAAAAUUGGCUCACAAUCUUCUAAGCCACAGAAUGAAAAUAAAUGUGACGACUUUACGACUCAAUGUGUCGGAACGGAUAAAAAGGAUACCAAUGAAAAAGAGACUAAUUUGAGAGAAGAAUGUUCCAAAGGUGUUCAAUCUCAAACAACUGAUAUAUUCAGUUCAAUGACCAAUGAAAUGAGACAAUCUCCACGUGAUUGCAUUUUUGAACAACCACCUGUUGAACAAAAGAAAUACCCCACAAAGGAAGAAAUUAUGGAUGCUUUCAAUAAACGUUGCUUGGUUAAUUCUUGCCUGGAUGGUAAUACUGUCAGAUAUACAUAUCCAAGGAAUGUCCAAAUAAAUCCCAAACAAUUUUUGAGAAGUAAUACGGAUUCAGGGAGGUUUGUAUCCGGCACAUGUGUUCAGACAGAUAGCAUUGAUAAGAUGGAUGCGGUGACACAACAAGAUCCACCUUUAGAAGAGAUUCUAAAAUGUAAAACCGAUUCAGAAGAAGCUAAAAGUAAAUCCUGUUCAGACAAGUCUUGUUCUUCAAAGGCUGGCAGCUGUAAUGAGCAGAAGGGUAGUGCUUCUGAAUCUCAAAGUCGUAAGUCUAGUAGUGAAGGGGAUAAAGAUCCAAUUUUGGAUAUCAUAAAGAACAUCACGAAACGCUAUUCGAAGAAGGACAUCGAUAGGAGUAAAAAGAAGAAGUGUUUCAAGGAAAUUGUGACGGUUUUGAACUAUCUGCUAGAUACUGACGAUGGCACGGAUAUCGAACACCUUAAAAUAUCCGACACCUCUAGUGCGCGUGAUACCGACAGUGAUAAAACUAAGAAACCCAAAGAAAAACCUGCAUGCACUAAUAUUUGCGACAAAAAAACUAGUCCAAAGAAAGUGGAUAAGGCAAUACAGCUGUCACCAAAGCCAAGAGCCAACAAAGAGUCGGCUGAAUCAUCGGAAAUACAAGCGACUACUGACUUUCCUGGGACUUCAUCGGAUUCUGCGACGUGUAAGGUGUUGAAUAAAAUAAAGAGAGAAUGCGAGAAGUAUCACCAGAAACGUUGCAAGUCCCAUAUGGGAAAGAAGUGUGACCCAUCGAGUAGUACUUCAGUGAACUGUGAUCAGUGCAAGAAGGUUCACCACUGCUACUGCAGAGCGCACAGAUGUCACAAGUCCAAGUCAUCUGGCGAAAAAAUGAAAAAGAAGUGUGUAGCAUACAACCUCAUAAUCCAGACUUCAGAUAGCAUGAUCAGCGAAGAAACUGUUAUGGAUAAAAACUCUAAGCCCUUGCAAAAUAUUGUUGUUAAAGUGCCUUCAAGGAAGAGGAAUAUGGAGAAGGUGCCUUUUAACGAAGUAUGUUCUAAGAUUGAGAAAAAUAUGCCUCGGUGUAGUCCUAGAGGAGAUUCAAGGACGCAUCGCUCGAGAAGUCUUCCAAACGACAGCGAGAUUUCUAGUGUAGAUGAGUUCGCUAAAAGAAACUGCGGAUAUACUGUAAGGGAUUAUUUGGAGAAGAACAGACCAGACUUUGUGGAGAAGACUUCGAAUCGCCAGCAGUGUUUGAAGAUUAUUAGUGAAAAGAGAGCAGACCAACGUGCCACACAGCGACAACUGGUGUCAGUUCAACUGGACCGGCGGCCGUCGGUGAGCGCGCUGAGCGAGACAGAGCUACGGCGUCUCGCUCACGACUUGGGCGUCCAGCUACGUAGAAGGAAACUCGACCCAAAAUUCAUAAGUGAACGUGAAAUGAAGAAACAUUCCGAAAUGAUCUACAAAUCGUUGCCCGAACAAGUGCAGAAGAAGGAGGAAAUUAAGAAAGAAAACAUAAAGAAAACCAAUCUGUUGAUGGCCAACAUGUUUAGAAAGAACCUCCAAAAGAAGACUUUACGUGGAUCAGUAAAUCUCUCCAACUACUCGACCGUUAUAAAAAUUUGACACAAAAACACAUUUUUGAUAAAAACGUCGCACACCAAAUGAAAUGUGUUCAAAGCGUUAUACGAAUUGUUAUACAUUUGUGUUUUUUUACAACAAAGAAUGUUGAUUUUGUUCUAUUGACUAUUUUAAUAAAUA